AUAAAUUUGUGAAAUUAUCCUCUGGAAAUAGCCAUCUUUGGCUUUUUCUGGACAGAAAAAGUGUAUUGAACAGCAGCUGAAAUAAUAUCUUCCAAGCACUUCUACAGUAUCUGAAAAUGCCUUCUUCAUCUUCAGUGCUGCACACUUUGCAAGCAUAGAACAGACACCAAAGGAAGUAAAAGAAAAAAAGAAAAGAAAAAAAAAAGAUGUUAUAUUGCAGCACCACUUCUAUCCAUCCAUCUAUACUCAAAACACUAACACCUCAUCACAACCAGUUGAAUCCAAGCAAGUCAAAACCAUCAAAAAGCUUGAGGCAGGAAAUUACAACUAGGAUCAAAUGCUUUAAUUCAAGAAUACAGAAGAAAUCUGAGCCAAGGGACUACUAUGAAGUGCUUGGUGUCUCCACUGAUUCCACCAGUCAGCAGAUCAAAGAGGCUUAUAGGAGGUUGCAGAAGCAGCACCACCCUGACAUUGCUGGUGACAGGGGCCAUGAAUACACUCUACUGCUGAAUGAGGCAUACAGUGCCUUGAUGAGAGAGGAUUUCAGAAGAAAAUAUGGUGGUGGUGGUGGUGGUGGUGGUGGUGGUGGCAAAAGAAGAGAAGGGUUUGGAAGCAACUUUUCUGGGAUGGGUUACAGUUCAUGGAAUGGGCCAGUGAGACCCCAAGCUCUUUUUGUUGAUGAAAACAGAUGCAUAGGUUGCAGGGAGUGCGCGCAUAACGCGAGCGAGACAUUCAUGAUGGAUGAAGAUCUCGGAUGCGCGCGUGUCAGGGUCCAAUUCGGAGACUCUGAGAAGAAGAUUGAGGUAUCUGUCGACUCGUGCCCCAUGAACUGCAUUCAUUGGGUGGAGAGCGAAGAGCUGCCGCUGCUCGAGUUCCUCAUACGCCCGCAGCCGAAAGAGGCUCAUGGUGUAUUCGGAGGAGGGUGGGAGAGGCCUGCUGAUGUCUUCGCAGCAGCUAAAUACCUUCAGAAGCAGCUGAAACAACAGCAGGAACAAAAACAGAGUCCUACUGGGCAAGCGCAUGCGGAAGUCGAGACACCAGCUCAAGCUGAAGCUCGCUAUCAAGCUGGUUUGAAACUUCAGUGGAGACAGUUUCACGAAAUGUGGGGUUGGAUAACAGGCCUUCUUGGAAGAGAGACUAGCUGAGAGUGAAUCAAAAUUGGCGCUGAAACGGAGUGACAGGAUGCUUGCCAAAUAGUGAAAAAAAGAAAGCAUAUACUACAAAUACUACAAUACCACAAAGUUGUGUAUUUGUUGUUUGUACAGGAAACAGGAAUUAUGAGUCAAUAGAUGAAGCAAAUUUAUUUGUGGAAUUUAUCACCUUUCACUUCAACAAUCAUAUUAAUUUCCUCAGA